UGGUGCUUGUUCUCUUCUUUGAGUUGACCGAUGGAUGUUGUGAUGCUGGAAACGCCGAAGAGUACUGUAAUGUGUAUCAUUGCAGGUGUACUUUUUUACCUUGUACCUUACUAACUAAGGUGCCGGCUCCAGAUCUCGAGGAGGAGGAAUCGAAAGAAAGGUAUCGCGAACGUCGAAUCGAGUGUGCAUAAUAUUGGAGAUUAUUGCAUCAUCUUAUCUCAUCUUAUUUGUCGUCUCAGUCUCGUCGAAAGGGUUAAACUUCAUUGUUGUGCGGUCGGUCUUCGUGUCAAGUCGAACUCGAAAUAGUCGGAAGUCGGAUACUAUACGUGAACGGUGAAUUUGUGCUGUGUUUGUGCUCGUUUUCAUUGAUUGGAUUUUCUGGAUUGAGGUACGUGAAAAUUGAAUUAAUUCUUAGAUUCGAAAUGUUUGCCUUAAGCUUCAUGUUGAUAGCCCCGAUGAUUUUUGCGUCUGUCAUAUCAGCCGCCGAUAUUGAGAGCAGCAGCGUACAAAGCAACAAUCUAAAAUGCGAAACGGACAGAGAUUGUCCUGAAUUGGAGCAUUGCUUCGAGAAUAAAAUAUGUUCGCCAUGCUUUUCGUGCGAGGAGGCACAUCGCCACCAAUCGCGUAUACGAUGCCCUCGAAAGGCAAAGGAUUGCGGUCCUUGUUUACCAGGAUACGUAAAAGAAAGUUUCAGUGUUCCGAACAAAAGGACUGUAUGCAUCGAAGUCGUAACAGUUGCUCAACCUCAGUUAGCGGCUGAAGAUUCAGAUGAAAUCGUUUUAAAUCCUAUUUGGAUCAUAGGAAUUACUGUAAUAGGAGUUCUAGUCCUUAUGGCUUUCGCGAGCUGGCACUGCUACAAAAAACGAACGAUCGCCGUAGUUGCUGAUUCGUGGCAGGAAAUGGGUAUCCAUCCUAGACCACAGAGUGGAGAUGGCACCUCUUUACCUCCUCCAUCAUACGAAGACUGCCAAAGGAGUGAUAAUGGAAGCGUCGCUUACUCGUUUCAGUUGCGAGUAACGGAACGCCCUGAAUCUAAAACGACUGCGAUACCGUUUCAAAUGCCUUUUGGAGACCGCAUCCUUCACCUCGACAAUCCAGAAAGCAGCACUGCCACUGCUACAGUAAAUGAGAAUCAUUCCAAUGUCCCAGUUGAAGAGUCAGAAACCGAUUACCAGAACGUCCAAAAUCCGAAUUUUAAUAUUCACGACGAGUCCACACAGCCAAGCAUGUGGUCUCCAGGGACAUCCUACCUAAUGACUGCAAAUUCCGAUGAAACGGACAGUGCGGGUGGCGCCCAAAAAGAGGAACAAGAAAAAAACAGCCCUGCAAACAAGCGACGAAAAACUAACGAAGAACCGAAACAACUGAACGAUGCUUAAUGGAACCAAUGAUCUCGACGUAACGUAAUCCGGAUACAUGAAGAAGACUAAUUGACUUUUUACGAAUACCUACGAUGUAUAUAUAAUUUUAUUGAUUCUAGAUUUAAUCUGUAAAAAUUUCGUUCGUUUCGCUGUAAAUAUUUUUUUACUCGUUUUUCCUCGUUUUUUUUUAUUAUUAUUUAUAUCGGCUGUUCGCCAUUUUAAAAAUUUAUUGUGUUCUUUUUUUAGUUUUAUUUUAUAUUUCUCUGCUUGCGAGCGUAUUCUUGUAUCCUGUUCAAAUGUUUGAAACUUUAGAUUUAAUUACCUACUUAUUUUUUAAAGCGUUUUAUAUGUAUUUCGACUCAGUGUUUUCGUACCUUUUUAAACGGAUUUAUACGUAUUUAAGGAUAAAAAUGGGUAGCAAAGCUACGAACAACUUGGAUAAUUUUUUGUAAUUUCUCCGGUCUCGACGUAUUUUGAAUAAAUUAUUUUUUUGCGAGU